AUGGACCAGUCUGUGGCAAUCCAGGAGACUCUGGCUGAGGGGGAAUAUUGCAUUAUCAUAUCCUUCCCAGCAGUGCAAGGUGUGCUAUGUGAGGGAGAGAGCCAGCAGAGCCGCCUCCUGGGGCUCGUGCGCUACCGCCUGGAGCACGGUGGCCAGGAAUACGCUCUCUUCCUGUAUACGCAUCGGAGGAUGGCCAUUACCGGGGACGAUGUCUCUUUGGACCAGAUAGUGCCAAUCUCGCGGGAUUUUACGCUGGAAGAAGUGUCCCCAGAUGGUGAACUCUACAUCCUGGGCUCAGAUGUGACUGUCCGGCUGGACACAGAGGAGCUCAGCCUCAUGUUCCAGCUUCCAUUUGGUUCACACACCAGGAUGUUCCUCCAGGAAGUCGCCAGGGCCUGUCCAGGCUUCGACCCUGCCACCCGGGAUCCUCAGUUCCUAUGGCUGUCGAGAUACAGGAGCGCGGAGCUGGUGCUCGAAUCGCAGACGCGGCGCGGUUGGAGCUGGGCCCCAGGCACCUGGCCCGGGUGCACGACGAUUGGCGAAGGUAUGUAUCCGUUUCGGAAUGAACGGUGGGGACUGGAGGAGGCCCGCUCAGGGACGGACUCCGUCCUGUGUAGGGGCGGGGCGGUGGAGCAGGCUGUCUUUCGAUUGGCGGAGGUGGCUCGCGGGGGCGGGCCUGCCUGGGGGCGGAGCGCGCGGGGCGGGCGGCGUGAAGAGCUUGAGGAAGCAGGCCGGGAAAUGUCCGCCGCAGCGGGUUCUCGGGAGCGCGACUCUGCAGGUGGUUCUAAGUUUGAUGAUUCAAGGCCAAAUGGGAAAGUUCUGCUUGUGGACCAAAGCGCUGGGGGUCAGGAUAAACCAGAAAACUUACUCACAAGACAGACUAAAUCCAAGUCUGAAAUUACUGACAUGGUUCGCUCCUCCACUAUCACAGUAUCAGACAAGGCUCAUAUUUUAUCGAUGCAGAAGUUUGGACUGCGAGAUACAAUUGUGAAAUCACGCCUAGUACAGAAAGAAGAGGAUUAUACCUAUAUCCAGAACUUCAGGUUUUUUGUGGGAACAUACAAUGUGAAUGGACAGUCACCUAAAGAAUGCCUCCAGCCCUGGCUGAGCCAUGGUAUCCAGGCCCCAGAUGUAUAUUGUGUAGGAUUCCAGGAGCUUGAUCUGAGUAAGGAAGCCUUUUUCUUUCAUGACACCCCAAGGGAAGAAGAGUGGUUUAAAGCUGUUUCAGGGGGUCUUCAUCCAGAUGCCAAAUAUGCAAAGGUGAAGCUCAUCCGAUUGGUUGGGAUUAUGCUGCUGUUAUAUGUCAAACAGGAACAUGCAGCAUAUAUCUCAGAAGUGGAAGCUGAGACGGUGGGGACAGGAAUCAUGGGGAGGAUGGGUAACAAAGGAGGCGUGGCGAUCAGGUUCAAGUUCCACAACACCAGCAUCUGCAUUGUGAAUUCUCACUUGGCAGCCCACACAGAAGAGUAUGAGAGGAGGAAUCAAGACUAUAAAGACAUUUGUUCUCGAAUGCAGUUUUGUCAGGUUGACCCAAGCCUUCCCCCUCUCACCAUCAGCAAGCACGAUGUGAUCUUGUGGCUGGGGGACCUCAACUACAGGAUAGAAGAGCUGGAUGUGGAAAAAGUGAAAAAGCUCAUCGAGGAGAAGGCCUUUCAAACCCUGUAUGCAUAUGAUCAGUUGAAAAUUCAGGUGGCUGCAAAGACUGUCUUUGAAGGCUUCACAGAGGGUGAACUCACAUUCCAGCCUACCUAUAAGUAUGAUACUGGCUCCGACGAUUGGGAUACCAGUGAGAAGUGUCGUGCCCCUGCCUGGUGUGAUCGGAUCCUCUGGAAAGGGAAAAACAUCAUGCAGCUGAGUUACCAGAGCCACAUGGCCCUGAAGACCAGUGACCACAAGCCUGUCAGCUCACUCUUUGACAUUGGGGUGAGGGUCAUCAAUGAAGAGCUUUACCGGAAGACUCUGGAGGAAAUUGCUCGCUCCCUGGAUAAGAUGGAAAAUGCCAACAUUCCUUCUGUGACUCUGUCCAAGCGAGAGUUCUGUUUUCAGAAUGUGAAGUACAUGCAAUUGCAAGUAGAAUCCUUUACAAUUCGUAAUGGACAAGUACCCUGUCAGUUUGAAUUCAUCAACAAGCCUGAUGAAAAGUCUUACUGUAAGCAGUGGCUGAAUGCUAACCCCAGCAGAGGGUUCCUCCUACCAGAUUCUGACAUUGAGAUUGAAUUGGAGCUCUUUGUAAAUAAGACUACGGCUACAAAGCUCAACUCGGGUGAAGACAAAAUUGAGGACAUUCUGGUUUUGCACUUAGAAAGGGGAAAGGAUUACUUUUUGUCCGUGUCUGGGAACUACCUGCCCAGCUGUUUCGGGUCUCCCAUUCACACAUUGUGCUACAUGAGGGAGCCAAUCUUGGACCUACCACUUGAAACUGUUAGUGAGCUGACUCUGAUGCCAGUAUGGACUGAAGAUGAUGGGAGCCAGUUGGAGAGCCCCUUGGAAAUCCCUAAAGAGCUCUGGAUAAUUGUUGAUUACCUGUACCGAAAUGCUAUGCAGCAGGAAGAUCUGUUUCAGCAGCCAGGCCUAAGGUUGGAAUUUGAACACAUCAGGGACUGUUUGGAUACUGGAAUGAUUGAUAACCUCUCCGCUAGCAAUCAUUCUAUAGCCGAAGCCUUGCUGCUUUUCCUAGAGAGCCUGCCAGAGCCUGUCAUCUGUUACAGUGCUUACCAUAACUGCUUGGAGUGUUCUGGCAACUACACAGCAAGCAAACAGGUCAUUUCUACUCUCCCCACAUUCCACAAAAACGUGUUCAACUACUUGAUGGCAUUUUUGCAAGAACUGCUGAAAAAUUCAGCCAAAAAUCAUUUGGAUGAGAAUAUUCUAGCUAGCAUAUUUAGCAGCUUACUGCUUCGAAACCCAACUGGUCACCAAAAGCUUGAAAUGGCAGAGAAGAAGAAGGCUCAAGAAUUUAUUCACCAAUUCCUCUGCAACCCACUCUGAGCCUCUCUGUCUCCUCCCCUAUUUUAUAUGAUGAAGCAGCCAGUUACCAGCCCCACCUGUUUUAGAUGCCUUGAGAUGAUAUGAGGCCACUCAGAAGCAAGAAUGGCAGUUGCCUGUUUCCUGAGCCUAGAUCCCCCUAUCCCUGCCAUUGGUUAGCACACUCAGUGCUACUGUGAGUUUUGAAGACAUGGGGGAAAAUCCACCAUAAUAAAACUGACAGUUGAUGUUCAACUUUAGUUACUUAGCAUAGAUAGAUCCCUACUCUUUUUAAUUCAAAAAAUUUAAAAAUAAUUGUACUUGUGUGCUCACUCAACCUGCCUCCAGGGCAUAGUUAGUGCCUUCCUUGAGGCUGAGUUGAUUUCCAUAUGAUCAGAUAUUUAAACACUGUGGAUUCCUGAAAGAAGAAUGAGUUGGACAGCAAGAAUGCAGGUGGAAGCUGCUGGAUAAACAGGCCACAGCCAUCCCGGAUUCUUCCAGUGCUCAGUCUGAGGACAUGUGAAUAUGCAUGUAUAAACUCUACCCCUCUUCCUACUUAUAUAUGGCUCAAUCACUCUGAGGCUGGCCGCUCAGCCUCUGAGGACAGUAUACUGGCUUAAAAGUGAAAACACUGAAGAAACGGGUGUUCUGGUGAAACAAGUGGGAUUUUCUGGGCCAGCAAAUCCUCCCUACUGUAUAUGA